CCAAAAAGAAUGGGCUUAGUCUGACGCUCGCACGAUUUCCCGAAUAUAUAAAUAAAAUCGAAUCAUAACGAGUCACAUGGUUUUACUACCGGGAAUGUAACAAUGAUCGAGGGCAAGCUAACGUGGGAGGGAGUUAUUCACAUGUAAGUAAAAAUCAAUCGUAGUGUCCGCGACAUACGUGGGUCGGGGAAUCUCGCGGCACAGCGAAGCGACGAUUGAAGGGUUCCCGCCGAGAUGACAGUAUGAGAGGUAGAAACUCGCCACAGCGCCAUUUCACAAAGCAUCACUCGCCCUUCGCGUCCGUCGCAAUUAGAUCGUUUAGAUUGUGCGCGAUUAGCUGUCGCGUUGAUCCUGAUUGGUAUACACAAAAAAGAGGAGAGAGUAGGGGACGGAAGAGAGAAAAGGUGGAGAAGGGAUAUUUCGGAAAUAAUAGCCUCGUGUUCAGACGAAAGGAAAGCCCGACUGCAAUUGAGAGAGGAAAGGAGAAAGAGACGGACAGACAAUUUUCCUCGUGGUGCGUUGUACGUUUUUCCGAGUUGCGUGUAUACAUAUACACACAUAUAUAUAAGGCAUAUGUAUAUGUAUAAUAAUGAUGAAUCGUCCAUAACACAUCGCAGUGCUCCAUGCCAAUACUGCUACUACCGGUCCUUGGCGUCGUCCGUCGUGGCGCCCCUCUUUCGUCGAAAGUGUCCAUCGUGACGUCAGAUCAUCGUGAGAGACGAAGGGAGAACCUUUGGCGAUGCGGAAUCCAAACCAAUAAACUACAUAGAUCGCGGGAUUAACGAUUAAGCCGUGGGUAUCGCGAACGUUCCGGCAGGAUGGCCCUGGUGACGUAAUCCACGAAUCUUCGAGAAACGCUACGUUACGUGCAGCAGCGUCGCGCCAAGGUCGGAACUGCGAUUAGACUGCAGCCUAAAUAAUUUGUUUCGCUCGGCGUCUCGCCUCGUAGUCAAGUGAGGUGGCACGAUAACGUCGCUACGUUGCUCGUACUAACUUGUUUCCUUUACCCGGGUACUCUAAUCCGAGAGUUCCGAAUCGAUGGAACAUGCUGCAGAUGGACGACGUGGAACAAUCGUAGACAAUAAUUGUUCUGAAUUGUCCCAACGUGGUGGCUGCCAAGCUAGCUCGGAUGCUCGUCCUCCGAUAGAUAUACCGAAACGAGUUGCAAGUGGUCGAUCGGAUGAUUCAUGCGGCUGAGGUAGGCUGAGUUGGCCGAGGGACGACUGACGAUCAGCGAUUCAUCUAGCCCGAAGCAGGUUAUUCGAAGGAGGGGUAUCUGAAUAGUUGCAUCUGGUGAAUUGCCGGGACUCGUUUCUGCACAAUUCACGUAACGAUAUACCGAAAGCAAGGAACAAGAUGGACGAAUACGACAAAAAGUUCGCAGAGAUGCAAAAGUACAUUCCAUUCCUGGAAGCGAUGAUCGAGAGACUGAACUCAGUUAAAGACAAGGACAGUCGAACAAGGGAAAUACAACUGCAGAAAAUGGAGAGUCUGCACGGAAUUCUAUCAAAUAGCAGGCGAAAGUUGAAGAUCGAGACGCUGCAGCGAUGCGAGGAUGUUUUACAGAAACUGCACAACAAAGUAGAAAAGUUUCAGGGAAAUGGAUCUGGUUUACAAUUACCAUUUAAGCAAAACGAUGACAUCACGUCGCAACCUUCGACUUCAUCGAUGAAAACAAAGUCAAAUCAGUGCAUUGAAGUGAUAUCGACGAACUCGGAGAAUGAUAAAGAAGAAAUCGGAGAAACGCCACAGAGUCCAGAUACCGUAAGAUCUUCCAGUCCUGAUUGCCAAAUUCUGCCUAUAGUAAUUCCUAUGGAGCGUAACGCGAAGAACAGAAAUCGAAGACCACAAGAACAACAACAAUCCAAAGUAAUACCAGUUAUUACGCUUUCGGAUACAAAAACUAUAACUAUCUCGUCGCCAGAUUCUAAUCCGGAUGAAGUUACGUUUAAUGAAUGGGAUAUGUUAGAAGAAUCGGAAAGACAUAACUCAAGAAAUAAAGAAAAUCGGCAAUCUUCGCUACCAGUUGCUACCAGUCACGAUGUAACGACCGCUGCGAAGUUAAUCAGUAACAAUCUGCCGCAAAAAGUCAGCGACGGCAGAAAUUAUACGUUAGAUCCGCAAGACAUACCGACUGUCCCGGUGCCUUCUCUUGGUGGUUCCAGACGAUUGUCUUCAGUUUUAGAGAAAAAUAAGCUCACUUUAGACAUAAUGGCCAGUUGCUCUAGAUCGGAAUCACCCGUGAACGUUCCUGAAGUGAGACUUAAUUCUCCUGACCCUGAAAUAUUGUUUGCUAAACCUAAGCCCACAUCGCCCAGAUCGAAUGACAGCACGUUGAAACCACCACCGAAACCACCUUCGAUACCGCUUCUAUUCUCGCCGCCGCCUUUGUCUCAUGAGCCUCUAUUGUCUAUGGAAGAUCUGGCGGAAUUGUUGAAUGACGAAGGCGAUGGCGAUAAAACCAAUGAAAAUGCUAAAGAAAAGAAUACGGACCAAAUAUCAAAGAAUUCAGUAUCGGAGAAAGAGAAGCUUACCUCUAGAAAAAAUUUGCCAAAUACAGCAGGAGUUUCACCUGUGAAAGUAACUUCAUCGAUCGGGCCACCUCGUCAAUCAAAUGAUUCUCACCGAUCGGUACCACAAGCACUAUUUUCUAAAUUUCAAGAACCACGUUAUGCAGAUAACUACGAAAGACAUCCUCGUCAACGUGACAUUUAUUCUCAUGAGAGCGCGAAAGAUAAAUUGAUUACUAUUUCUGAAGAAACCCCAUCUCAGAUGACAGUUAUUCAUAAUACUGCAAGCAAAUCAGAUGAGAGAAAUGUUUCGUUGUAUCAGAGACGUUCCAGCGUACCAUCAGAAGGACGGAAAGAUGCGAGUCUGCCUAGACCGGAGAACGAAUUUGUGAUAAGUAAUGACUAUUACAAUAUGCACGCAAAUCAGAUACAUUGGGGCUCUCCCACAACUACUAGUGAUCAAUUCGGCAACAAUCAGUGGACACCUUCCUCUUACGGCGGAAUGACCAAUCCACCUCUACAACCUACUCAACAUCCCUUUCAACGUCCGAUGGAACCACAAUUUAGGCAAAAUCAGUUCCCGCCGACUCUACCCACUGGUCCUAGACCGUUGAUCAAUCCCACGGUGCGACCGGAUAUGAGUCACGUGGUAAGACCAGAAAAUGUUCGGGAAGAUAUACCUUCUUUGAUGCCUCCCGGAUUUUCGUCACAAUACAGAGGCUUUCAAAUAAAUCAAGGAUCUUAUGAUCCAGCCUUUCCCGUCGGCGGACCGACGGAAUAUCCGCAUAUAAGACCGACAUGGGAAAGUUCCGCCAAUCCUUCUUAUGAAAAUGUGAUUUCUUGUGGAAUUCAAGUUGUGGAGAGUACUACAGGUACUUCACAUCCACGACCCAACACGCCUUGCCCUUGGGGUACAACAGCGCGUGAUAGAGAUAGGAGUAAUAUAAAUCAGAGCAGAUACUACGAGAGAAAUAGGAUAGAAUUGAGGCCUGGUUUUAAUCGUGAUGGGCGCCGAUCUGAUUGGUUAUGGGAAGGCCACUCUGAUCGAGAGAAUCUAAAUCGUUUCCCGAGUCGAGAUCCACGAGUUCGUACGGAACACAACACAACAGGUGCCAGAGAUCAGGCCAAAGAGAGCGGUGUUUCCGCAAGGGAUCCGCGUCUUUCCAAAGAUAAACAUGUCGUGAACACGUCAACCAAAACCAAAGACAGUGUUCUUAAUGAAAGGGAUCCUAGGAAACGGCUAGUAACGGCAAGCACAAAAACAACGUCGGUAACAAAGGAAAAACAAAAAUCUCAGAAAUCGCUUGAAAAGGAAAAGGAUAAGCUUCCAAAAGACAGAAUGCAGUCACCGCUAGAAAGUCUUUACGGUGUGAUCGAUACAAAGGCCAGUCAAAAUUCUGGUCUGCAAAAGUUCAAAAUUCCUAAAAUAAAGCGACCAGAACCAGCGCAGUUAAAUCGUAUUAUUAACGAGACGAAGGAAGUUGAAAGCGUUUCGUCUAAAUUAUCGCGUGCAAAGAGCAAUAAAAACAAAGAGCAAAAGAAAAGCAAUAAAUUGUAUUCCAAGAAUAAGAGUAAAGACGUUGAGAGUGCCGAAGUGAGCAGUAGUAGCGACGGUAAUCGUGCAACGGAGAAUCCAGUCCAACAAAAUAAUGUUGCAAAAGAGGAAAAGAGUUUUUCAUCAUCUUUCGAAAAGUCUGACAAAAACGAGACGAGAAUUGGCGAAGCAGACUCAGCGACGAACAAUUCCAAAUCCAGUCAUAUCACGAAAAAGGGUAAAACGAAGUCAGAAGUGGACGGAUCGAAAUCUAAGGAAACGGUGACGAAGGCAUGGAUUGAAGCUCUAAUCAAGGAGUCGUUUGAAUCCGGUGAGGGCAAAAAACUAGUCGAACACGCGAAACUGUUACAGAAAUUUGGGGAAGUACUAAAGGCGAAAAAUUUCAAAAAGAUUAAGAAGAUCAUCGAGUCCGAAUCCGAAAGUAGUUCGGACAAGGAUGAAACAGUUGAAGCGAAAAAGACUCAAGUCAAGAAAAAGAGGCGAGUGAUAAUGUCGGACAGCUCGGAUGAUGAAUGUCUUGCGGAGAGGCUCAGUAUCUUAAGUACCAACAUUGACACGAAUGAUGCGAGAGAGCUGGUUUCUGCAAUUUCCACUGAUCCUAAAAAUUCGGAAGAAAAUCUCGAGGUAACAGCAUCCAGUAAUAAUUUGAACAAAAAACUAACUGAAGAUAUUACUGCGAAGAUAAACGUCGAUUUACCAGAAAGUCGUGACAAGGCGUACAUACGAGCAAAAAAUAAAGUAGAUAAUAAAAAUAAGGAUGAGCAAUUAGAAAAGAAAAGUGAUAAGAAUGAUCGAUUAGGAAACGAUAUUGAAAAUACUGAUAUUCAACCAGAAAACCAAAAACAAAUGAGUAGUAGAUUAAAAGAUAGUGAUAAAGAGAAGAAACAAACUAAAGAUAAUCAAGAUAAUCGGGUCGAUCAAAACACUCUAGAGAAAUCAAAGGAUAGUACAGAACGUAGUAUAGAAUAUCUGAAUCAGGAUGAUACAGAAAGUAAUAUAGAACAUUUGGAUCAAGAUAAGGAUUCGACAACGCAAUCUGUCAUUUCCGAUAUUACAAACCAAGCUGAGGAAAUUUCAAUUGAUAAACCAAAGAUAAAAACAAAGAGAAGAAAUUCUCUAGAGAUGUUGCAAGAAGAUAUCAGGGAAAUGUUUAUUAGCGAGGGUGUAGUAACGGCGACAGGUUAUCGAAUGUGCCGAUUAUCGAACUCUAAGAAAGAGGAGACAUCGAGCAUUGCUGAGAAGAAAAUUGCUGAGUCCAAUACUGAAACGAACGAGUCGGCAGCGAAUAACGCUAAGAGGAAGACUUUAAGAUCUCGUAACGUGGAAGAGUCGAAAUCAAAAGCUAAAAGCAAGGACGCCAAACGGAUGACUCGCAGUUUACAAUCAAAGAAAUCUAUUCAAAGUUCCGACAGUGAAGAGGAUCAACCAUUGGCUUUGCGAACAGAGAAGUUGCUAAACACCACUGACAACAGCACUCCGAAUCAAGAAGUGGCUCGUAGUGAAGAAAGCAACGAUGCAAUCCGCAGAUCUAAACGCGUUCUACGUAAAGAUAUUAUUAAGGAACCACGAGUGGUUGUGGAGAAGGCGGAUCUUACGAAAAUAGAUUCGUGUAAGAUAAUGUUCGACAGCUCGUCUGAUGAGAGUUUUGGCAUAGAUGUGUCUGAAUUAACCGCGGCGGUGGACAUCUCUCUUCGACCGGAAAAACAAUCUGAUCAGGACUCGAUAGAUACGCUGAUUAUUCCAAGUCGACGGAAAAACACCUCCAACACAGAUAAACGGAACUUUAAGUCAAAGAAGUCGUCUGCGCUCACCGACGACAAAAGUGAAGACGGGUCAUCAUUCACGGAUGAGGAGAGUGCGAUAUCAGAUAUUUCUAUGUCGAGUAACACGACUGCACGGAAGAAAAUGAAUAGUAGUGGUGCAGCUAGAACGACUGCUAGAGAGGAACUGUUGAGUAACAUUCUGGUAGGAUUGGUGCCGACAGCGGAGAAGAAUACAUCGGUCGACAAGGAUAAUGAGCUAAACUUCGAGGUGGACGUGAAUGAUCCGAUAGCUAUCGAGCCGAACGUGAAAAGGUCUUACAUAAGAAAAAAGAAAAAAAAAUCUGGAAAUCUUUGGAAGAUGGGCAGAUUGACUACUAAAAAGAGAAAGAAGAAGACUGCUUCGGUAACUUCCUCCAAAACUGCUCAAACAUAUGUUGAGAUAAAUAUCGAAUCGAAUAUUUCGGCGGAUACUGUAGAAGCUAAUCAAUCGCUCUUAAAAUAUAAAGAUCCUGUAACAAAGGAAACUCUCGAAAAGGUUCUUGACGACUAUCACGUUGUCGACCAUGCGAGUGUAGAUUCUGUAGAAGACGAGGUUAAACCGUUUGCAAAUAUGGAUAGCUUUGAUGUAGAUUUUAAAGAUUCAAGCAACUUUACUACUUUAUUAGAGCCUUCGGAUAUACAUAGAGAAACACUUAAUGACUCGUUUCUUUCUAUCGAAGAAAAUAAAUCAUUGAUACAAAUGGACAUAAAAGAGGAAGUAAGUUCAAGUAGUGCUGAUCUUACCUCGGCAAAUGCCGUUACUGGAAACAAGUUUUUCAAGGAAUCACCAAAGAUUGUUUACGAUGAAUUGAUGACGGAGCUCUAUCGCAGAAUAGAUAUCAAGCAUCUGAUAGAUUAUGUGUGGGUCGGUCAGGACAAAUAUAAAUGCUUAUUAUGCUUCUUCACGGGCAAAAACAUCGUUCAUCAUUACAAGAUCAAUCAUCCCGGAAUGGAAGUGCUUAUCUCGCGUCUCAAGUCGACGGACGCUAAGACUGCGAUUUUGGAAGCCGAGCGUGGUGUGACCACAAUGAAUACGAGUCAAUCGUGCAAGUUUCGCUGCAGAUUCUGCUGUUUUGUUACGGAAGGCGCAGCGGACGUAGCACUCGAGGCAUUCUACGAGCACUGUACUACACACACGGGUGAAUACAGAUUCCACUGCAACAAUUGUUCUUAUCAGGCGGUGGCCAAAGCGUCCAUGAAGACGCACUAUUACAAGAUAUGUCGCAAGAAUAAAACGUUUAACGAGUCUGCAUCCGAAGACAUCGUACCGAGAGAAGGCGGCAUCUAUGGCUACUUGUGUUGCAGUUGUAAUUAUGUACAACUAAAGCGACAAAAUAUAGAGGCCCACGUUGAGUUCUGGCACCGAGAGCAGAUGGAUACCGAGAUCUUGAAGAUUAAUAUGUCGGCGAUAACUGUAUUAGCGGAACACGCUGCAAAUAACAAUGAGCAAUCGCACGAGUUGACGUCCGUUAAUGCUGAGGAAUCUUUCGCUAUAGAAACAAAACCGCAGGUUCUUGAAUUUGAAGCUAUGGAGUGUAAAGACCUAAUAGAUAUUGCAAGGAUAAUGGAGUCCGAGAGUAACGAUGAUAAUACCACUGGAUGUAUUCCACCUGAACAAAAAACGAAUGACAAUAUUCAAGUCAAGGAGGAAAAAACCGAGGAAACUCCGAGGCUGUCUCAAGGGGAACCGGAGGGGUCUGUGAGCACCGGCAAUCUAAGCGUAUUUGUUUGCCCACCUGAUUUGGAAAAUAAGGAAAUGGAGAUACAGCGAGAGCGGCAGAAGACGAUGCAAGAGAUCGCCAAUAAUAUCGGUAUUUUGUUAAAAAACCAUUCUAAACCGGGUUUGUCCAUAAUAGACAAACUGCAGGAUAAAAUGCGCACGGACGCGGUUGUUAAUCCAGUUCCUGAAUGUAACGCGUCAGCGAACAUUCCGGAAACAAAGGAAAACCCUUCAUUGCCUUUUGUGAAUUUAUCCGCAGAACUUCUGAAAACCGAGGAAGAACUAAUCAUCAAAGAGGACAUCCCGAGUCAGUCGAACAAUCAAGGCGACCCUCUUUCUUUUAUGGAGGAACAAUUGGCUACUGAAAAAUCGAAGGUAACAAAUGACGUGGGUGGCAAAGUGGAUGUAAAAAUUCGGGAUCCUCUUGCGAUCAUGGACUCAUCCAAAGACAACGAGAGCGACGGCGAAAAUAGCGACAACGAGCGCUCGGCACCAAUUUUUGAAUCGGACUCCAGCAGUGAGCAAUCGGAUUCCGAGCAGACUGACGUCAAUAUGAUCCUGAAGGAAACCUCGAGCAUGAACGCAUCUUCAUCGCGAGAUCCGAUGUUGACGACGAUACAGAGGCUGGCCGCGCAACUUCAGAACGUCAAACCGUUGGAGCCGGUGCCGCCCGAGCCAAUGAUUGAUAUUAAGACAGAAAUCAAGACCGAGCCUGGAUCGGUGAUUCCAAAACCACCGGACGUUGUGCCGAUCGCCAGUGUUAAACAUUUGCUAAAACAAAAUGUCAAGUAUUCGGAGAAGAACAUGCCGGCAUCAAGCAAGAAUGCUAGUUCGCCCAAGAAUUUUCUCAGAUUCAGGCGACUUAGCGGCGAUAUGUUGUCUAUGCCGAUGCAGUUUUUGGAUAAUCAAGAAGAUUCACAAGAAUUCAAUACAGAUGGAGCUCAAUCAGAUAGCGCGAUAGAUGGAUUAAAAACGGAUACAGAGGAAGAAUGUUCGUUUUUGAAGAUCGAAAAUGUGAGGAGCCUUGCAGAAUCCGAUUCUAAUGAAAGUGUUACUGUAAACGACACUAGUAAAGCAAUGGAGGUAUCUCCUACGAAAAGCAAAGAAUCUAUUUUAAAGAAGUCCAACCAACCUUUAAUAUUGAAAAAGAUCUUACCGCAAGCGCUAGUCAAUAUGAAUCUGCAAACUUCGAAGAUGCAAUCGGUGUCCGCUCCAUUGACAAGUUCAUCGACUAGUCUAUCAACUUUCAAUUAUAGAUCAAGGAAAAUCAAGGUAAUACGUAUGCCUGUAUUAAACAACUCUAAAGACACGUCGCCCGCGUCCUUCGCGAUCAAGUUGAAAUCUAUGGAAGUGUAUGCGAGGAUGCUGACAGAGCCAAAGCUAGCUCAUUUUUACAAGUGCAUGGGUCAUAAUUGCUCUUUCACAACCGACUUGCCCCUGGAUUAUUCUAAACACUAUACUAAACAUUACGAAGAAGCUAGCGAGCAAAACGCACAUUAUGACAAGUGCGCCUAUUGUUACAUAUCUACAAAUAACUGGAACGAGAUGAAAACUCACUUGGCGACUAAACACCUUCAUUGCCGGUAUCAAUGUGGUUACUGCUUUUAUCGAUCCUUUGUACCGUCCUAUGUACGGCAACAUCAGAUUAUGUGUCAUCCCAAUACCGUGUUUUAUUAUUUAUUGGACAAGAAGCAGAAGUCGUUACAGAAAAAGGAACACAUUAAUCGUAACGCUUAUGUACUACCUUUUAUAUGCAAACAAGAUGAUUGUGACAAAAUCUUUUAUAUACCUGAAGCGUUUAUGACACAUUUAAAGACAAAACAUUCAUCUUCUCAUCUUGUGUACAAAUGUCAUGUGUGCAACACUACUCAUACCACGAUAGAAUUUCUUAUAUCUCAUUACAAGUUGCAUGGAUUUUGCAAAUACCAGUGCUUAUAUUGUUUUUAUGGUUCCGAUACGCUAAACGAAAUACAUCAGCAUUUAAGCACCUUUCAUUACGAUCGAUUGCCUCAGGUUCUGGAACGUUCACUUCCUCCAUCGCCAUCGCGCCAGAUGGAAGUUAUACAUCAACUCAUUUUACGAACUUUCGAUGAUAAAAUAGAUGAAGGAAGUUUUAAUUUGAACGCUGACAAUUCUAAAAAGAAUACAUCAGUUUCGUCAAAUGCUGGAAUAAUUUUAAAUGAAGCUCAGUCUAAUCAACCAAAAAAUUUGAAGGAAGAUAUUUUGAUUGGGGCAGUCAGUGAUCUAAAGAACACUGAAGUUAAUGUCAAUAUUUCCAAUAUCUCAACGAAACAGUUUAUAGAUACGUCUGGUACCACUAUCAACAAAAAUACAAAUAUAAGUGUUGAAAAACAACCUUUGGAAAAUGAGCCGUUCCAGUCGGAGACGAGAAAAUUAAGCGACUACACAAAUCAGAUUCUUCAAGAACCGAAAUUGGAUAUGUCCGUGAAUGAUUCCGGCGUAGUCGAUCCGUUAAAAGUCUCAGACGAAUUCAAUUACAGCGACGAAUUCGUAAAUACCAAUCUUCUCGAUAACGCAGAUCUUUUAAAGAAUUUUACAUCCAAUUCCAGCAAUGUGUUUUCUAAAUCCGCGGAUAAAACUGAAGAUAGUGAUAUCGAGAUUUUGGAAAGCGAAGAGAAAGCCGCGCAGUGUAAGACUGAGGAUGAAGUAAAGAAAAAGGCAGAACUGGUGUUUUCCAAGACAGAGGCUGAAAAUAAAGAGCAGGUUGCAUCCAGCGAUACUACCGAAACGAAAUGCACAUCCAAAAAAGCGUCAGCACAUACUACUAAUGCGACUGCUCAACCAGACAAGCCUUUGACUUUGGAUGACAUUAAAGAUACUGGUCGUAUCGGACAUGAGUUAUAUAAAUGCGGUUAUCUGCAUGAAUGUAGUUUCACGGCGCAAAACAUGGACUUAUUGAAAGCGCAUGUAAAGACGUGCAAUUUAGGAGACCCUAGACAAAAUUUAUUUUGUCCGCAUUGUAAAAAACGUGCCGUCAAAAUUUCUUUGUUUUUAGAACAUAUAAAAACUCACGGAUUAAAGCGUUUUGGAUGCAGUCUGUGUAAGCUAAGAUAUUCGGUUUCAUACCAAGCUACAGCUCAUAUGAAGUCAAAACACAAAUUUUUUCACACGAGGAUAGUGCCUGCCGAUCCAACAAAUCCAGCGAAAGAUGGCCUCUUUAUCGUACAAGCAGUUCCUUAUGAAGCUGCCGAUCGGAGAAACAAGAAACGUAAACGUGCUAACAAGUCUGGAACGGAACAGGAAAAUGAAAAGAGUUUGGAUAACGGAAAAUUAUCGUUUAAUCCUGACGAAAUAGAGCAAUUACCACGUCAAGCGAUUUACAAUCGGGAAGUCCAGUGUGCCGUAUGUCCUUACACAACUAAAGUUCGGACAAAUAUUAUCCGGCAUUUGCAAUUACAUGCGAAAGACGAGACUGUACCCGAGAGCGGUCCGGUCAAUCCUGUUCCUUGUUUAGAUAAGAAAGAGAAGAUGUUCGAUAAGAUGGUGAAUCUAGCGAGCAGCUCACACCAAAAUGGUCGUAUGGGCGCAAAAUCGAAAGAAUCUAUUAAGGAAAGCGAGGCGGACGAUAGCAUACCAAAGUUUGUACCGGAACACCAAAGAUACGUAUGUGGCGUAACCGAAUGCAAUUACUUAACGGUGAACGAGGCAAUGUUAAAGUAUCACUUAAAGGCUCUACAUUCAGAAGAACCAUAUUUCCAUUGUCCACAUUGUCCUCCAUCAUCGUCGGGUCAAGAGAAUCAAAAUAUAGCGAUCGACAAAAUGGGCAUUCAUUUGAGAAUGCAUGAUACAAGACUCUAUAAAUGCUCCCAUUGCAAUCAUCAUCAUUAUCAUAGACAUGUUGUGGAACGACAUCUUACUGAUAAGCAUCCGGAGAAGAGACCUUUCGUGAAAGUAAUAAGGGAAGUGGAGAACCCAGAGAAUGUUCAGCAACCAGUCCCAGAUGAGACCGAGGAGGAGGUACCCGACCCGGACGGCAAUCAUUGGAAAUGUAAUCUUUGUGAUUUUAAAUUUGUUUACAAAGCUGAAAUAGCUACUCAUGCUGACACAGUUCACGGUGAGAGCUCCCAAUACAAGUGCACCCUGUGCCCAUUUAAAACGAACGGAAAAAUACUUCUUGAGCAACAUAUAAACAGCAAGCACACACACGAUUCUAACGCCGAUUACACCAUGAUAUACCAGAGGAUAAAAGGUGUCAAUAAACGGAGUACAGAAACCGUUGAUCAAGGCGGACAGGACGAACCCUUUGAUACGACACCACUUUGGAGUAGAAACAUGUCACGAGUUCGACAUAUUCGCGGGAUCCUCUUGGAGGAAGAAACCGAAACGCCUGCGACGAGUGAGACGUCGCCCGUAACUUCAAAGCUAUCUUUAGGCAAACGCAAGAGCGACGCAGAAAUCGUGACAAAACCAGCUAAAAUAAAAGUGACCGGGAAAUCAAUAUCUCUCGAUGAAAAUAAUAAACUGUCUAAGGAGAAAUCAAAACGGUCACUUUCAUGCGAUAAAGUAUCCGGGGAGGCGGAAGGCGAAGGACAUAUUAUGAAAGAAAGUGCACAAAGCAAAGUCACUGGCAAUAAAUCGGUGAAAGACUCGAUGGAACUGAUCGACGGUAAUGAUUCCGAUGUGGGAAGAUUUGGACCUUACGGCAAACCGGAUGCCAAUAUGUAUGUCUGUACGCUGUGUAAUCAAUUCAAGUCGAAAUACAAGCACGAUAUGAGAGAUCAUCUUUAUAGGGAGUUGAACUAUGUUAGAUUUCAUUGCAAGACUUGCGGAUAUGUAUCGGUAAAUCGUAAAGCAUUAUUGCUGCAUAUUGGGAAACGUCAUAAUGGAGAAGGUACAGAUGAGCCACUUUCGCCGGAUAAUGCGAUUGAGGAUUGGGUGAUGACUUUAUUGAAAAAGCAAACGGACAUGAUCAAGGCGUGGAAUCACAUGAAUGUUAUCUAUAAAAGUAUACCCAUUAAUACAAGUUCUUCAAGUUCAGAUGUUAGUUUCGUGAAGAUCUCAACCAACAAAAAAUCCGUAAAUCUUGCAUCUACGAUAUCCAAACUGCAAAACGACGUUCUUGAAGAUGCUAAUAAAAGCAGCAUAGACUCUGAUGACGGAGAUAGCCGAGACAACGAGGAUCUUGUAAUCGAUAUGAAGGAGGAUGAGGUGUACGAGAUUAAGAGUAACGGAGAUAAAUCUGAAAAUGAUAAACUUUGCGAGAAGACUGAUGAUGAUCUGGACAAGCCAAUUGUCUGCAAGCAUUGCCAGACGACGUUCGCCGGCCAACGCGGAUUCAAGUUACACGUACAAUAUUCACAUUUGAAACGACUGAGCUUCCUGUGUCCCUACUGCGACCGUAGUACCAACUCGCAGACGAUGAUGUGCCAGCAUAUCCGCGCGAAACAUCCGCACGAUCCAGAAAGGAUUAUACACAAUCCGGAUGCAUGGGGAAACACAAAGCUAACCAACGAAUUCUGGGAGAAGGAGUAUGGUCUUUCUCCACUGAAGACAAAAAAACGAAAAUUGAACACAGAGAAUAAUGUUAGUAGCACCGCCGCCUCUGCAGCCGCAAUCGGUUCCGUUAAUAAUCGUUUAGAGAAGUGUGAGGUGUGCAACUUUACAGCAGUAAAUCAUACUGGCCUGAGGAGUCACAUGAGAACACACGCUCAUCAACACAAUCUCAAAUGUUUGUAUUGCACCUAUAGCUGUUCGUAUAAAGCAGAAAUGGUGGAGCAUUGGGAAUCAAAUCAUCCCUCGGUACCGCUGAAAUAUACGGAACGAAUGUCAGCGACUGACUCUUCCCCUAGCGAAACAAAAACCAAGCCACCGACGCCUCAAAAACAAGAUAUCGACACGUCAACAAAGAAUGAAGAAGGCAAUUCGUCAUCAGCUGUAAUCUAUGGCUGUGUUUAUUGUAACCUUCGCAGCGUCUCGCUGCCAUCCAUCAAGCAGCACUGGAAUCUCAUGCACAAGGACUUAAAGGGUUCGGAAACUCCUUUUGUUGCAAAGUUUCCAUUUAAAUAUAAAGAGAUACUUGUGUCGAGAUUGCCUAAAAGUCCCACGAAGAAGAACGUCAUUGAGCGUAACCAAGCAAAGCAGACAGAGAACCUGUCGCCUGUUAUCAUUCCAAAGCGUGGAUGGGUUUGUCAAUGGUGCCAAGAACUUUGCGAAACCAACAAUGAUAGGAUAAGGCAUCAUAACAUGUUUCAUUCGCAUUUACCACAAAAAUGGAAGGAGCAACAGCAACAGAAGGAACAAGAUCAGACAGACACAUCAGUACGGUUGCCUACAUACAAUACUGAAAAGUACGCGACAAAUUCGAAAAAUAUCUCGAGUUUUGAAUCGGUUGUAGAGAACCUGAUCACAAAGCAUGUCAAUCAGAUCGAACCUGGUGACAUGAAAAACAAGAAUGAUCAGAGCUGUAAUUUGAACACUUUGACAUCGAAAGGAAAUAGUCGUCAGGCUGUCGCAAGGAAAUCUACCACCAAAUCGACUAUCUCGUCUGCGAGACCAAGCCCACGUGUAUUCAAAGCUGUUGCACGCAAGUCUACGAAUCCAAGGUAUCCGCCGAAUUUUUUUAAACCGCUACCAGAGGAACACAGCACAGACAUGGAAUAUGAGGAAGAAGAAAUACAGAACAAACAGUUCGUAUCGCAUUAUGGAAUACCAAGCAGUCCAGUUAAUCUGACCGAGUUGAAUACAUACAUGGUGGUCGGGGGCCACAGUAUGCGGGUAAACUGUCUUACUCUUGCAACGCUUAUUAAUAUCAAGCCGAAAAUAUUAGUGAAAGACAUUAGAAAAGAUCCUAAAUAUACCGCAAUUCUCUCAAAUUUGGAUUAAUAUCACAAUAAUUAUUCGUAUGAUAUCGUAGAUAGAUAGAAUUUUAGUGUUCUAUCAAGAUUCAAAAUUUUUGCGUUAAGGACAGUUGAGUGUGGAUUGUUGUAAAAACUAGUACAUAAGUGGAAUUGCAACAAAAACCCCAGGUUUUAUUUCUGUACGUGAUAAAAUUCAUUUGCGAUGAUAAAAAGUGAAAAGAUACAGUGUGUUUUAAGCAUCGAAAAAUCAUAAUUUAAUCCUCAUAUUACUUGCGUAUUUUUUUUGCUUCUGUGGUUUUUUUAUUUCAUAAAGUACAAUGUGUAUAAAUUGAAAGUGGAGAUACGAUCAUAGCUAUACAUCAGGAGAAAAGAGGUCAGAACAACUAGUACAAUGUAAUCGUAGGAUAUUUAAAUAUGUCUCGUCUCGAGUAUGUGUUUGAUGUGAUACUUUUAUAUAUGAAGAUUGUCUGUUGAACUCUUGAAUUAUUGUUAAACUUACCAUUACAUCACAGAUUUAGAUCGUAAAUUGCUGAAUAGUUAAAUAAAACUAUUUUUUUAAUACCUUUCAUAAAAUCACAAUUACGUUAGCCAAUUUACACCUUACUCUCAAUAUUGCAACAUAUUUAUUCAGAAUGACAGGACAGUUAAUAUUACAAAAGUAAAAAUGUUUUUCCAU